CCGAGCUCUCUUCUACCAUUACCACCUACAACGUUCAACUCUCAGGGAUAUUGUCGUUCUGAAAGGCAUUUCGACGCUGCAUUAUGUCUGAUUCACCUGCACCCGUGGCAUCUCCCAUUUCUUACGAUGCUCUGCGUGAGGCUGCAGAGAGGCGUGCUCAACAGCAGUCCAAUCAGCCUUCUGCCGCCCAAUUAGCUGCUGAACAUGAAAGGCGACAAACGUUCAGGCGGCUACUUGAUCCUGGAAUUACUCGUCCUAAUUCGAAAGAGCAAGCAUUGGCUUCAAUGAAAACGCUCUUGAUGAUCUCCGAAAACCUUCUACGUGAACCCGAAAAUCCUAAGUUCCAACAAUUCAAGCCGACAAAUGGUAUCAUCAAGCGGAAUCUUAUAGAUCCGAAAGGAGCUUUGGAGUAUGCUAUCGAGCUCGGAUUUCGUCCGGAAGUGAAGAAUUUUCAGCCUUUCUAUACCUUCCAUCCUCGCCACAUGGACAGUUUGCGUAUCGGCUCCGCUAUCCUCAAGGAAGCGUUUGAUCUCGAGACAGAGAAGCAAGAGCGCGCUGCUCUGGCCAGGAAAGAGGAGAAGGCUGUGGCUGCAGCCGCUGCCAACAAGGUUAAACUCGCAUUCAUGGACGACCGAAAAUCCAAGAUAGAAGCCGAUCGGCGGGAGAAAGCACUUCGGGAAGCUCGUCUAGCUGCAGCCGCUGCCAGAGGGUCAGAACCAAGCACGUCGCCUGAGCCUGAACGGUUGAGACACGUUAUGCCGGGAUCUGGCCAUGUCCUAGGCUUGGACAUGCCGCCUGAGGGUGAUCGUGCAGAGGAUUCUGAGGAAGACUGAGUGAAGCCUCAGUUAAUAUGUAACGUUCGAACGAUGU